AUGGAAACCAGCAGAGGCUUGGCCACAAAGUUGGUGCUUUAUAGCGCCGGUGCUGUGGGUCUCGUUAUCUUGGGGAAAAGACACAUUGCUCAUCACAAGGAAGAGAGAUAUUUGAAAGACAGCGACACCAGCUUGGAGAAUAGUGAAGAAUUCGAAGAUAGCCAUAAGCGCAGGGGAUUCCCCUCCAAUAACCCAAAUCUCAAUUACGAGGGUAAGGGACGUGAAUCCAAGUAUGUGGGUGCUGGCCAGGCGUACUCGUCGAGAACUCCUGGUGACCGGUUGAGUAUUUGGAAUGUGUUCAAGAAUAAGAACUCCAAGGACAAUGACGAGAGGAAUUAG